GGGUUCUGGGACUUGUAGUCCGGGAGCUGGUGGCCGCUUCUCCUCUGUGCUAGCCCGGGACUACCGUCCCCACAUGGCCUUGCGCCCCGGCGCAUGAGCUGUCGGGCUUCUUAGCGCAUCUAUUAUACUGCCUUGCCGAGGAUAAAAAGAAGAGCAACUGGAGGGACUAUAAGGCAAACGUUUGCUGGAGCUGCCGGGGCAAAGUUGCAUGGUUGGACCCUGGAGAUGGGAUGUCAGUCCCUUUCAGGGAGCUUAAAGGAAGAAAGAUCUCUGGGUUGCUGCUGCUGUGACAGCGAGUGAGAGCAGGAAAAUGUCGGCAGUCACAUCAGCAAUCCAGGCUCCUCAGGGCCCUGUGAAUCCCCCACCUCCAGAGGUCACUAAUCCCAAUAAACCUGGCCGGAAGACCAACCAGUUGCAAUACAUGCAAAAUGUUGUGGUGAAGACUUUGUGGAAGCAUCAGUUUGCCUGGCCUUUCUACCAACCUGUCGAUGCAAUUAAGCUGAAUUUGCCGGAUUAUCACAAAAUAAUAAAAAACCCCAUGGACAUGGGGACCAUCAAGAAGCGCCUGGAACAUAACUAUUACUGGAGUGCCAGUGAAUGUAUGCAGGAUUUCAACACCAUGUUUACAAAUUGUUACAUUUAUAACAAGCCCACAGAUGACAUUGUCCUCAUGGCCCAAGCUCUGGAGAAGAUCUUUCUGCAGAAGGUUGCUCAGAUGCCUCAAGAGGAAGUUGAGUUGUUACCCCCAGUUCCUAAAGGCAAAGGUCGCAAGCCAGCAGCAGGCACCCAGAGUGCAGGAGCUCAGCAAGCAGUGGCCGUGUCCUCCAUCUCCCCGCCGGCCCCAUUCCAGAGCGUCCCUCCGGCCGUGUCCCAGACGCCCGUCAUUGCUGCCACCCCUGUGCCAACCAUCACUGCCAACGUCCCGCCUGUCACCGCCUCUCCUGCUGCUGCUCCCCCUCCUCCUGCUGCUCCCAUCAUGCCCGUGGUGCCUCCUACACCACCCGUGGUCAAGAAAAAAGGAGUGAAGAGGAAAGCAGACACCACGACCCCCACCACCUCUGCCAUCACUGCCAGCCGCAGCGAGUCCCCCACCCCCCUCUCAGACCCCAAGCAGGCCAAGAUCAUCGCUCGCCGGGAGAGCGGCGGCCGCCCCAUCAAACCACCAAAGAAAGACCUUGAAGAUGGAGAGGUCCCCCAGCACGCAGGGAAGAAGGGUAAACUCUCUGAGCACCUCAAGUACUGUGACAGCAUUCUCAAGGAGAUGCUCUCGAAGAAGCACGCAGCUUAUGCAUGGCCGUUUUACAAGCCUGUUGAUGCAGAGGCCUUGGAAUUACAUGACUAUCAUGAUAUUAUCAAACAUCCCAUGGAUCUCAGUACUGUUAAAAAAAAAAUGGACAGUCGGGAAUACCAGGAUGCCCAAGGGUUUGCUGCAGAUAUUCGGUUAAUGUUCUCUAAUUGUUACAAGUACAAUCCUCCAGACCACGAAGUGGUAGCCAUGGCCAGGAAGCUCCAGGACGUCUUUGAGAUGAGGUUUGCAAAGAUGCCUGAUGAGCCUGCAGAGGUCCCACCUCCACCUCCCCCAACAGCACCAGUGGUGAGCAAAAGCACAGAGAGCAGUCACAGCAGUGAGGAGAGCUCCUCGGACUCGGACAGCUCGGAUUCGGAAGAAGAGCGAGCGACCCGGCUGGCAGAGCUGCAGGAGCAGCUGAAGGCCGUCCAUGAGCAGCUAGCAGCAUUGUCACAAGCACCAGUGAACAAACCAAAGAAAAAAAAAGAGAAGAAGGAAAAAGAGAAGAAAAAGAAAGAUAAAGAGAAGGAAAAAGAAAAGCACAAAGUAAAAGCUGAGGAGGAUAAGAAACCCAAGGUGGCUCAACCACCAAAACAAGCCCAACAGAAAAAAGCCCCAGCUAAGAAAGCAAACAGCACAACUACAGCUAACAGACAGCCCAAGAAAGGAGGCAAACAGGCAUCUGCAAGCUACGAUUCAGACGAGGAGGAGGAAGGUUUGCCCAUGACCUAUGAUGAGAAACGACAGCUCAGCUUGGACAUCAACCGCCUGCCCGGGGAGAAGCUGGGCAGGGUGGUACACAUCAUCCAGUCAAGGGAACCUUCCCUCAGAGACUCCAAUCCUGAUGAGAUAGAAAUAGAUUUUGAAACAUUGAAGCCCACAACUUUACGAGAACUGGAGAGAUACGUGAAAUCUUGUUUACAGAAAAAACAAAGGAAACCAUUUUCUGCAAGUGGGAAAAAGCAAGCAGCAAAGUCAAAAGAAGAGCUAGCUCAGGAAAAGAAGAAAGAACUAGAAAAACGGUUACAGGACGUCAGUGGGCAGCUAAACAACAACAAGAAACCUGCAAAGAAAGAGAAAUCUGGCUCAGCUCCCUCCGGAGGUCCCUCCCGGCUCAGCAGCUCCUCCUCCUCCGAGUCCGGGAGCAGCAGCUCCAGCGGCUCCAGCUCAGACAGCAGCGACUCGGAAUGAGUCACGGACACUUCAUGGACAUCACCCUCCCCCUGCUCUGCAGUGUUCCUUUCCUUAUUAAUAUACUGCUCUUGUUCAACGGUG